AUGGCUUCUUGCGGCGAUAUUGCGAGACAUGACGGCGGGCCGGCCGCACAGCCCUACGAGGACGGUCACUCGAGUAUUCGGAAGCUGCCCUUGGAGCUGCUCUACCACAUCAUUCGCCUGGCAGCCUCCACGGAUCAUAAGACGGCACACGUCUGCGCCUAUAUCUCCAAGCUCGUCUGUAGAUGGACAGCGCCCGAUCGAUGGAGGACUAUCAUCUGCACCGAUGUCCGUCAAAUAGAAGCUUUGUGGGAGAUAGUCGAGAACCCCCCGCCCUCCCUUUGGCCCUCGUCACAGAGCGACAAGACCUUCACAUCGCUUCCAUCUCGUCAGCCGGCAAGAUUCGUCGAGAACCUCUUCAUCGACACGCUUCCGGAGUCGCUCCCGUCAAAACUCACCACCUCCACGGGCUCGCCCACCGAUCUUCGCACGAUCCUCAACUUGCAGGCCAAGCACCAGCAGAUGAAGCCUUGCUGGGCAGAACGAUGUCCGCAUCUCGACGCAAGCAAUGUCUUGGUCCACGGACCCGGUCAUCUGCCGCAUCGGGUAUAUAGCAUCUUGCGCCACUUUCAACAUGUCAACUACCUGGCCCUCGGGCCCGUCGAAGUCAAGCUGCUCAGGGUUCAUUCCGUCUCGCCCGCCAAGAUGCUCUGCCUGGCAGAUGGCGACGACGCUCUCAAGUGCAUCCUUUACACUCCGCCGCAUCCCAUCAGCUAUGCCGGAAGGAUCCGACAUACACAUCAAGAGGCUCUCUGGCGUGCCGACGGCUCUGGCAACUGGCGACCGUCUCUCGAGCAGUUCAGAAGGAGACUCAGAUCGCUACACUUCAUCUGCAUCGACCCAAAGAGCGAGCUGUCGGGUAUCUCGAUGCCCUUCAAAGAGGUCGACGCGAUGCGUUCUGGAAGCUUCGGAUCGCUGUCAUUCCUGCGCCAGAUGGCUGACCACGAAUUAAGCGGCCUGCCACCGCGCCUUUCGCACGAAGAAAAGCAAAACGCUUUGGCUUCAAAAUGGUACAUUUGGCCAGCAGAGGAUCCCAAAGGGAAGAGACGCCACGUCGAGGGGAGCGACCCUUUGGCGCCAGGAACUGCAACUGCGAGCAGCGCCGACGAGAGCACCACGAUGGCUGAGCUCGACCCGUUCGAAAACGAAUACAGUCGCAUCCGACCUUCCUUCUGGACCGACUUCCAGCAAGGCGUCACCAAGAUCCGCUACGACACUCGCAAAUUCGCCUUCCGCCCUUGCGAGAUCACCGCCAGCCGAUUGAAGCCGUUCUUCGAAGAGCUUUCGACGACGGGUGGCAAUGCCGCCCAUAGCCAUUCUGAGAACCCCUCGGCGUCCUUCACGCACAGCGGACCGCGGCACGCAGCUCCCCACAGAGGUGCUGGGCACUUCUCCAAGCCGGAUCCAGGCGGACAGCACAGCAGGGAGGCAUCGACAUCUAAGCAGGCGGCUCUCAACUCGUUCGGAUGCAAUCAGUUCCAACAACUACAUCUUUGCUGGGACCCCGUGCCUGGCGCCGAAGGUGUGGAUCAGACCGCGACCGCCAACAAUCCAGCCGCUGGCACUGUCCCUUCCGCGAUGUCAAAAUUGAGCCUGAACGGCGGAUCAGAUUGGCCCGCGGAAAGACACGACAUCUGGACCAACACAACGUCGCAGAACAACGAAGCGCGAGCACCGCCGCCGCACACGUCGAAAGCCGCGGCUGCCCACAAGUCAGCUGCAACUCGAUCCGAGAGCGCAACUACCUCGCUCAAUCCCUGGAUCAUCCCCAGCGCCAUCGAAUCCAAGCAGUCCAAAGCCUUUCGCGCCGACCUCGUCGACUCGAUCCGCACCACCUUCGGAUGGACGCGGCAAGACCAGCAAUUGCUGAGCGACACGCCGUGGCUGUCCAAUGGGGCUGAUCUGGAUCAGAGGCUAGAAGGCCAAGAGAGACGACACCGACUCGAGAACCUUGUUUCCGAGAUCGCAUAUCAGCAGACCCCUCCGUCUAGCGAUCAGGACGUCGCCCACGCCAACCGCGGAAUCUCGUCGGACGAAAAGCUGUCCGUCCGCCUGGUGCCACCUGCCGAGCGGCUCAGGUUGGGCGGCAUGUAUGUGCCCUACACCAAGUCGCAGCGUGUCCAGUGGUUCCUCGACAAUCUCGAUACGGACGAUGCCUGA